UCUGUAAGUUUUUCUCGAAUCAUGAGGGAUGAAAUUGCAACAACGGUUUUCUUUGUCACAAGAUUGGUGAAAAAGCAUGAUAAAUUGAGUAAACAGCAAAUAGAAGACUUUGCAGAAAAGCUAAUUACAAUCUUGUUUGAAACAUACAGAAGUCACUGGCACUCAGAUUGCCCUUCUAAGGGGCAAGCCUUCAGGUGUAUCAGGAUAAACAAUACUCAAAAUAAAGAUCCCAUUCUAGAAAGGGCUUGUGCUGAAAGUAAUGUGGAUUUUUCUCACCUGGGACUUCCAAAGGAGAUGACCAUAUGGGUAGAUCCCUUUGAAGUGUGCUGUAGGUAUGGUGAGAAAAAUCAUCCAUUUACAGUUGCUUCUUUUAAAGACAGAUGGGAGGAAUGGGAACUCUCCCAACAAAUCAGUUAUGCUGUGAAUAGAGCCUCGUUAGACGACUACUCGGGCAAUUUCUCCGAUGAAGAAGGUUGUAACCAAGAACCUCAGAUUAUUCCUAAAGUCAACAAUCCAAAGAGUAUUUAUCAGGUUGAGAAUUUGAAACGGCCCUUUCAAUCUUGGUUCCAAAUCCCCCGCAAAAAGAAUAUGGUGGAUGCCCGUAUGGGCCUCCUAGGAAAUGCUUAUCAUGCUUUGCAUAAGAACCCUAAGGGUCAUAGGCCUGCUAUACACCGAGUGGACAGGUACCACUGGGUCAACACAAACCGAUAA